CCUCUGUGGGGCCCUGCCCUGCCCUGACCGGCCCCUGCCCGUGCCCCGCGGCGCUGCCCGGAGCGGCGGGAGGAGCGCCGGCAGUUCUCUUUCGGGGCAUUGUGGGAAGGGAAGGCGAUGCGGCCCGGCCUCACCUGAGCGGGGCGGGCGGGACGGAGGCGGCCGGGCCGGGCUGGGCCGGCUCCCAGCCAGCCGCCGCACCAUGAUACACUUUAUACUGCUGUUCAGUCGGCAGGGGAAGUUAAGGCUUCAGAAAUGGUACACGACGCUACCUGAUAAAGAGAAGAAAAAGAUCAUUCGAGAAAUUAUUCAGAUUAUUUUGUCUCGCAAUCAAAAAACAAGUAGUUUUGUUGACUGGAAAGACCUCAAGCUUGUUUACAAAAGGUAUGCUAGUUUGUAUUUCUGCUGUGCAAUAGAAGACCAGGACAACGAGCUGCUGACACUAGAGGUCGUUCAUCGAUACGUGGAGCUCCUGGACAGAUACUUUGGAAAUGUGUGUGAGCUGGAUAUUAUCUUCAAUUUUGAAAAAGCUUAUUUUAUUCUUGAUGAGUUUAUAAUUGGUGGUGAAGUACAAGAGACUUCAAAGAAGACUGCAGUGAAAGCCAUAGAAGAUUCUGACAUGUUGCAGGAGACAGUGGAAGAAUACAUGAACAAGCCUGCAUUUUAAUGUUAAACUACCUGGAGAGAAAGCUGCUGCAUGCACCUCUAAAGUGCACUUCCUGAAAUUCUUCCCAAUGUGCCAGAUCCUCAGAGAAAUACCAAAAACCAAUAACUGUAGGGGUUUGUUUGUAUAAUGGUGAAGAAGAAGGUCAGCUGAUGUAGCAAAGGGUUUAACAAUUCUGUGCUUUGCAUUACUCUGUACAUGAGUUUCUCAGAGUUGUUAUUGCCCCAGUCUAGUUUCUCUUCUCGUUGCUGGACUCAUCUCUUGUUUUGUACCACGUCUUUUAGCGACGGGUUUUGUCAUCACAAGAUGCUCCUCUGACAAUACUUUGAAGAGGUAUUUUUACUAGUUCUGUUCUCUGCUGACUGUAUGACUCUACUUUUGUACAAAUGUCCAUUAUUUUGAAUGUAAUGGUUAUUCUGCUGUAAUAAUAAUUUUUUUCUAAAAGCCAAA